CAAUGCGCAACUCUUCUCACUCCGCCCUCACACAUCUUCCCCACAUAUCCAAUCGCACGCCCGACUGACGCAACCCACUAUGCCUCUCGAGAAUGUCCGCAACAUCCUCCUUGUGCUUUCGGGCAAAGGUGGGGUCGGCAAAUCGAGCAUCACAACCCAACUCGCCCUCACCCUCUCGCUGCAGGGCCACUCUGUCGGCGUGCUGGACAUCGACCUCACAGGCCCUUCAAUACCGCGCUUCUUCGGCAUCGAGGAGAAGAAAGUGCGACAAGCGCCUGGCGGAUGGAUACCCGUCGACGUGCACACCGCGCAAACACUCUCCCCGAAAGCAGACACCGCAAAUGGAGACGCAGCAACACAAGGGCAGAAAGUUGGCGCGAUAUCAUGUAUGUCGCUCGGCUUCAUCCUAGCGAACAGGAGCGAUGCAGUGAUUUGGCGCGGACCCAAGAAAACAGCAAUGGUCAGGCAAUUCCUAACCGACGUGCUCUGGCCCGAACUUGAUUUCCUCCUCAUCGACACCCCGCCCGGCACCAGCGACGAACACAUCUCCCUCCUCGAGACCCUGCUCAAACAAGUCGCCUCGCCCACCGCGCCGCCCAACCAGCUUGCCGGCGCCGUCGUUGUUACCACACCCCAAGCCAUAUCAAUAUCCGACGUCAAGAAGGAGUUGAACUUCUGCAAGAAGACGGGGAUACGGGUGCUAGGUGUGGUGGAGAACAUGGCGGGUUUCGUUUGUCCGAACUGCAGCGAGUGCACGAAUGUGUUUAGUAAGGGUGGAGGAGAGAUUAUGGCGAGGGAUUUCGAGGUGCCGUUUUUGGGUUCAGUGCCGAUUGAUCCGGCGUUUGUUAUGUUGAUUGAGGAGGGUGCGAGGCCGGUGUAUCCGAAGGGGACGCUUAUUGAGGGGACGGAUGUUAGCAGUACGGGAGUGACGAGGGGGGGGAAAGAGGGGUUGUUUGUGGAUAAGUAUCGGGAUUGCUCGUUGGCGCCGUUGUUUGAUGGGUUUGUCAAGAGGUUGUUGGGGGAUAUCCGGGGGCACGGCGUAAGCAAUGAGAUGAAGAGACGGAUGGCUUCAAGCACAGGGUGAAGCUACUACACAACACCUAGAACGUGAAAUAAAGGCCACGAGCAGACUCUAUGCAACCCCCCAUAUGUACCAUAGCCGAAUCCAAGGCGGCUGAAGGCCCAUGGCUGAAGACUGAGAAUUGGGGGGGGGGGGUUCCAAGCAGGUGAGAGGGCCCUAGCGUGGCAAGCGCGUCUAGUCCGGGUCUUCCUCGAGCACUCUGUCUCCCACCUUCCGUCACAACUCGAACAUCAAAACAUUGCCUGGCACCCCGCAGUACAUCCUCACUUCAGCUGCGAACAGGUGUUCACAUCGAGUACCUGGACUCGAACUGUCGGCACCUCAGCUCAGCCGCACCGAGCCUUGUAUCUGAUAGCAAUACCACAUGCUGCGCAUAAAUGAUCGACACUCACACCGCCCUCUCCCAUACUCUACGCUGCC